AAUGUAGCAAUCAGCUGUUUAAUGGCAAAAACAAAAUUCUUUUUUUUUUCUUAAAAAACAAAAAGAAACGUCUAGUUUUGAACCACAAAAUCAUCUGAAAAGGCGUAAACGUUUUUAAGCUCAUUUAAUUUAAUUGUACUCCAAAAUUUUUACUAGUGUUCAUUUAAAAAGCAAUCGAAAAUGUCAAAUUUUUCAUUUGGUGCGCCGUCAACGACAACAGCAGCAGCGGGAAACUUUGCAUUUACUACUCCCAAAACUGCAUCAACAGCGAUGCCAACUUUUGGAAUUCCAUCUACUAGCGGAGCUUUUGGUAGUCCCGCACCAGCAUUUGGCACUGGCAAUACUCCAGCUAGCUCAUUCGGAUUUGGUAAUCAAGCACCGGCUGCCGUCUCUUCAGCACCUAAUUUUAGUUUUGGAACGCUGCCUACUGCUGCUACGACGGCAUCUGGAAUGCAACAACAGCCAGCCAAUACUACAUCUUCUGGAUUUGGCUUGGGCGCAACAACAAAUUUUUCUUUUGGUAAACCAACUACUGCCAGCACUUUGGCCAGCCUAAAUUUCGGUACGACUACUACUACAUCCCUGGGAAGUAGUUUAUUUGGUAAAGCAGCCACCACCACAACUGCCGCUACUACAACAACUACUACACCAUUUGUGGGUUUGGGUGGUAUCGAUGUUAGCUCCACUCAACCGAAGGCAGGAGAUUGUAAACAAGAUAACAUUAAAAUUAAGGAGACACGAGUGCCCGAUGAAAUCGCCAAGACUGUCGAUGAUCUGAAAAGUUAUAUAAAAACGCAAAAAACUCUUUCUUCAGAUAUAGGGCGAACAUCUACUUCAAAGUUAACUAAUGUAUCGGGUGAAAUUACAAAUUUUAAGUGGGUUUUACAAGAAAUGUUUAAUUCCGUGGAAAGCAAUUACAAUCUUAUCAAGUUAUUGCGUAAAGAGACCUCAAGAACGAUACAAUCUGUCGAAAUGGCCCAACGCACUCAGGAUACACAAGUCGGCCUUCAGUUUGAAAAUAAUGCUCCAUUUCAAUUUUUUGAAAAUUUGAUAAUGAAAUACGAGCAAGAUUUAAUAGGUUUUCGCGAACAAAUUGCCCUCAUCGAACAGCAUAUGCAUUCGUUAACCAAUCCAGAGAAUAUAUCUCCUGAGGAUAUGAAGCGUUGUUUUAAGCAGAUCAAUGAGAGUUUUAUAUCGUUAGCUGGCCGUUUACAUCAGCUUCAUGAGAAGAUUGAAGAACAAAAGGAACAAUAUCUUAAUUUAAGAAAGUAUCGUUUACGCGACAAUUCCAACGUUUUCGCAAAGCUCGAUGAUCCAGCGACUGUUGUCGACACUACACGUGUUACCGCCGGUCCAACACCGUUCUCGAAUAUUAGCGCCAUUAGUAAUUUUGGUAAAUCAUUUAAUAAUUCAGCGGUGACAGGUACGACUGCUACGCAGCCAACUAAAUAGUGUCGAUUUGAUUUUUGUAGUCCAUGAAAUGUAAUAAAAUAUGUCACCUGCAAAAAUUCCAUUUGCCCUAUUAA